UUGUUUCGCUUCCAAAACUGCAUUAUUUUCAAACCCUUCAUGCAAAAAGAUUCAAUCUUCUUCAAGUUUUUUAUCUGGGUGUAUAAAAUUAGUGUAAAUUGGUCCUAAAGAACUAAGAGGGGUCCUGAGUUUGAAGAAAAUUUUGGUGAUUUUUUUAGUUGGCUGUGUGUGUGAAGGGUUUGGUGGGAUUGAUUAUUAUGGUAACAUUUUCCUAACUUCAUUCACUCAAUUUAAUAAAGUUUAAAACUUUGCAAACAUUAUUUGUAUCCCAGUUACAAAGUCUUUGCUUUCAGAUAUUUUGAAGAUGAAUGGGGCUGCAUUGGUUGCUAUCAUUGCCACAAUGGGCAAUCUUUUACAAGGUUGGGAUAAUGCUACAAUUGCAGGAGCGGUUGUUUACAUAAAGAAGGAACUGACCCUCGGAAGUACAGUAGAAGGUCUUGUUGUUGCCAUGUCACUUAUUGGGGCGACCCUUAUCACAACUUGCUCUGGAUCCAUAUCCGAUUUAGUGGGUCGUCGUCCCAUGCUAAUACUCUCAUCUUUCUUUUACUUCAUUGGCGGCUUGAUAAUGCUUUGGUCACCUAAUGUCUACGUUCUUCUUCUAGCAAGAUUAAUAGAUGGAUUUGGAGUUGGGUUGGCUGUCACCAUAACCCCUUUAUAUAUAUCUGAAACUGCUCCUCCAGAAAUAAGAGGAUUGUUGAAUACUCUCCCUCAGUUCACGGGCUCGGGUGGAAUGUUUUUGGCAUACUGUAUGGUUUUUGGAUUGUCGUUAAUGGCUUCAACAAGUUGGAGAUUAAUGUUGGGGGUUCUUUCUAUUCCUUCUCUUAUUUAUUUUGCUUUGACGAUAUUGUAUCUGCCUGAAUCUCCUCGAUGGCUUGUGAGUAAAGGAAAGAUGGUGGAAGCAAAACGAGUCUUGCAAAAAUUACGUGGCAGAGAAGAUGUAUCUGGCGAAAUGGCAUUGCUGGUAGAAGGUUUGGCGGUAGGAGGUGACACAUCUAUUGAAGAGUAUAUGAUUGGUUUGGACAAUGAGGAUAACGAAGAUCAAGAUCCAACGGCGCAUAAGGAUGAAAUCAAGUUAUAUGGACCACAAGAGGGUCUCUCGUGGAUAGCUAAACCUGCCACUGGUCAAAGCAUGCUUGGUUUGGUUUCUCGUCAAGGAACCAUGGUGAACUCCAGUAUUCCACUAAUGGACCCGCUUGUUACUCUCUUUGGCAGCCUGCAUGAAAAGCAACCCGAUUCAGGAAGUAUGAGAAGCAUGCUUUUUCCUAAUUUUGGUAGCAUGUUUAGUACCACCGGGCCUCCAGUUAAAGAUGACCAGUGGGAUGAAGAGAGUCUGCAGCACGAAGAUGAUGGUGACGGAACAGAUGCUCCUGAUGAUUCGGAUGACAAUUUGCAUAGCCCAUUAAUGUCCCGGCAAACCACAAGUGUGGUGGCUCCACAUGGUGGUAGUAGCCUUACACAAGGAGACACAACUGGUGGCAUGGGAAUUGGCGGUGGAUGGCAGUUGGCGUGGAAAUGGGAGGAAAAGGAAGGUGAAGACGGGAAGAAAGAAGGAGGAUUUAAGAGAAUAUAUUUGCAUCAAGAACCGUCUGGCGCAGUUGGAUCACGUCGCGGGUCACUCGUUUCAGUUCCAGGUAGCGUGGGUGAUGUUCCAGUUGAAGGUGAGUAUGUGCAGGCUUCAGCUUUAGUAAGUCAGCCGGCUUUGUACUCCAAAGAGCUCAUGAGUCAACAUCCAGUUGGACCCGCGAUGAUUCACCCGUCGGAAACUGUUUUCAAAACGUCAAUAUGGUCUGCCCUUCUUGAUCCUGGAGUUUCACGUGCAUUGUUUGUUGGGGUCGGAAUCCAAAUGCUUCAACAGUUUUCGGGAAUAAAUGGGGUUAUGUACUACACGCCUCAAAUUCUCGAGCAGGCGGGUGUGAGUGUUCUACUUUCAAGCCUUGGCCUUGGUUCAGAUUCUGCUUCAUUUCUUAUUAGUGCAGUUACGACUUUACUGAUGCUUCCAUGUAUUGCCAUAGCCAUGCAGUUCAUGGACAUCAUGGGUAGAAGGACUCUGUUACUGACUACAAUUCCUGUAUUGAUAGCAUCUCUCGUUAUUCUCGUCCUCGGAAGCAUAAUUAACAUGGGAUCCGUGAUUCACGCAGCCAUCUCCACCAUUUGCGUAGUCGUUUACUUUUGUUGCUUUGUCAUGGCUUAUGGUCCGAUCCCGAAUAUUUUGUGCUCAGAGAUUUUCCCUACACGAGUUCGUGGAGUCUGCAUUGCCAUAUGUGCACUUGUGUUUUGGACAUGUGAUAUCAUUGUGACAUAUUCAUUGCCCGUGAUGCUUUCUUCUAUCGGGCUAGCUGGCGUUUUUGGAAUCUAUGCCAUCGUGUGUGUCAUUUCAUGGGUUUUUGUGUUUUUGAAGGUACCAGAAACCAAAGGGAUGCCGUUGGAAGUGAUCACAGAGUUUUUUGCCUUGGGAGCAAGAGCCAAGAAUGACUGAAAAGUUAUGUUGCCGAUUAUGGUUUUUGGUUGCUAUAUAUGUAUGUGUAUAUACCCAAAUUUGGGAAACUGGGACCAUUGGUAAGUAGCUUAUAUUAUCUAUAUGUAGGGUCGCUCUACAUUAGUAUUAUUGAGCCCGAGCUUCCUAGACUCAGAGGCUUGAGGUUUGAGUCAUGAGAAAGUAUGUACAUGUGCUUUUGCCCCCUGAAAAAGGUUAGGAUCAGGUUCAACUUACUUAAAGCUCAAGCCUGGGCAUUACCUGUCGAUUACUAUGGACUUGUCAAGGCAUUAAAAAACCUGAACAUUGGAUGAGUUUAUAUUGAAAGGAUGAUUUGUGGACUAAAUAAACAUGCACGUUGUUA